AUGGACUGCACCACGAAAGGCAACGGCGAUCUAUACGGCGUUGGCGUCCGAACCGGUCUUUAUCUACAAUGGGCUGCUGGGUUUCUUCUCCGCAACUGGAAUGGAUCCUGGAAGACAAUAUCGGCGGUGCGCGUUACAAAUAAUGCAAUUUGCUAUGCGAUUAUCGUCACCAUGAUCAUCGGACAGGCCGAGGGCUCUGCAUUAUCCCUGGACUUCCUUCUGGUCUAUUAUCUCACCAUUGCAUUAUUCUACUCCGAGUCAUACAAUCUCUUGAAAAAGCGCGACGCAGCUGGUAACGAGCAGGGGUAUUUACUACGUCCCGAUUUCCCGCUUGUGGCGCAAAAUUUCCUAUGCGCCCUAAUCAGUGUUUUUGGCGUUUGGUUUUGGAUUCAGGGUGUUUAUCACGUCGAGCUACCCACAUGUCCAGCAAAGGCAGCUUGCCUAGGUCUCUUCCCGUUGAUGAGUACCCCGUGGCGUCGAUUUGCGGCUGCAAUGAGCGCCAUCACGGGUAUAUUGUUUGUCGCUUUCUUUGCUGUUCACCUAAUGGAUCUAUUGCCAGGUCUCAAUAAAGGCCCAGUGAGACGGGUGAACCAGAUUGGGAUACGUUUAGCCCGGAUUUUCCAGUUCGCCUCAGCCCGGAGGAUCGACUACGAUCCUUCACACUCACAGUAUACGUACCGAAUCAAAACAUCGUCUACGCAAAGCAUUCUACGACCUAAGCUCAGAAAAGCACCGACAAGUUUUAGUGGUUUCAUUAAGUUCACCCAUUGGGCUAUCAUCAACCUUCUGGGCCCACUUAUUGCCAUUGUCUCUGUGGAGAGGAUGCUACAGGCAAAUCAUCUCACUACAGAGAGUAUCGCAACUUCAAGUGGUCAAAUGAUUGCCCUCUUCACCGGAAUCGCAAGUAUUUUUGUUGCUAUUGCAGACAUUGUGAGGGGAUCCUGGGCUCAACAAAGGAAGGAUCUAGCAGAGGAGUUCCUUGAACUCCAGGCCCAUGAGCGAUCCCGACCACUCGACGCAAAGGAAACCAGAACUCUAUUACGCCAGCUUUUAGUGAGUGAAGGACAGCGAGACCCGGCAUUCCUAGAAGAAAUUAUCCAGACUUCGGCUUCAGAUAUAAUGAGCACUCCGAAGCCACUGGUGGAAAAUGAUGAACUGGAAUCAUCUCCCGAUUCAGCAAGCAAGCUUUCAAAUGCUAUCCGGCAACCGCAAUUCGUGACCACUCUCCUGAAACGACAUGAUAUCGAAGUCAACUGUCGAGAUCCUGCAAGCCGACAGACUCCGUUGGGAUAUGUGGCGCAGAAAGGGGAUCUAUCGAUGCUCAAGCUACUUCUUUCACACAAGGACAUUGAAGUAGAUGCCCGAAACAAAUAUCGACAAACCCCCUUUCUAGAAGCAGCGGCAAACGGGCAUGUUGAGAUCAUGGAAGAUCUUUCUAAACAUGGUGCAGACCCAAACUGUCGAGAUCAAAAUGGCUACACUCCACUGACCUGGGCUGUCCUUUCAGGACACGAUCCAGUAAUCAAAAUAUUGCUAGCAAUGAGCGAAGUGAACCCGAAUCUCGUCGACGAAAAUGGCCAACAACCUUUAUGCUGGGCAUCCAAAAAGGGAAACAAGACCGCCGUGCGUCUUCUCCUUGAGCACAGGGGCAAGGCCGAAAUAGAGCACAAAGAUCGACACGGCAGAACGUCUCUCUGCUGGGCAUCUAUGGCCGGCCAGAUGGACGUAGUCAAGAUUUUGGCAGAAGAAGGAGCAAACUCUUUCCCUCGCGACAUUUCGGAGCGUACUCCAUUGAUAUGGGCAGCUAUGCGGGGUCACUUAAAUGUUGUGAAAUAUCUAUGCGCACAAGCAUCGCAAAGAGACCCGUUACAAAUUGAUGCUAGGGAUAUAGAUUCCCGUACGCCGCUUUCAUGGGCUGUUCGGAAUAACCACGAGCAGAUUGUGAAAGUUUUGCUGGGUCAUGGCUCGGAUAUAAAGAGUAGGGAUAGUGAGGGUCAAAUUCCGCUCUUUAUUGCGGCUCAAAAUUGCAAUGUGAAGAUUUGCAAGCUUUUGGUCGGGAGAAAUAGGGUUUAUGUGGAGGAUGAUUAUGGAGGAUGA